AUGUUAUUUUGCAGUUUCAGAUUAGUUGCCGUUGGCAUCUUGGUUUUGUAUACUAGAUACAGGUCCCAACUUAGGUCGGGGGGCGAAGCGGGCGACGAGUCAGCUCUAUUUGGCAAGCACAGGCCGGUUAUGCGAUUCCAUGUCGUUUGUAGAAGACUCUUGUUGAUAUUACCAAAGUAAAGCCUUGGUCCCUUCCGAGUCGAAAA